AUGGACCCAAUCAAGUACGUUUUUGAAAAGUCUGCAGUAACUGGACAAGUAGCACGAUGGCAGAUGUUGUUGAUGGAAUAUGAUAUUUCUUAUGUCACCAAGAAAGCUAUCAAUGGUAGUGUCAUUGCGGAAUACCUAGAUGAAAGAGCCGUGGAGGAUUACCAACCUAUGGAGUUCAAAUUCCCAGACCAAGAUAUAGACUCCCUAACCCAAGGGGAAGAAGACCUCGAAGAAUGGAUGAUGUUGUUUGAUGGGGCAGUCAAUGUUUGGGGACAUGGGAUAGGCGCGGUGCUCAUAUCACCAGAUGGGAAACAUUAUCCGGUGGUAGCUAAGCUCAUCUUCCCUUGUACUAACAACAUAGCCAAAUACGAGGCAUGUAUAUUGGGUUUGCAAACCUCUUUGGAUUGGGGUGUCAAGCGACUAACAGUAAGAGGAGACUCGACCUUGGUCAUCCACUAG